CCACGACUCGCUCUUUCGUUCCAUCUUGUGAACGGCGCAUCGGUGAAGCAGCACCGCGACAGUGUUUACAGUAGGCCUUCGGGGCUUACAGAAUUUCAUCUUUGUUUCUGACAGUGUUCAACUGCGAAGGGCUUGCACAGCGGGCUAAAGCUCUGCCUGCAGACUGAGCGGGGUAUAUUUUUCAGCUUCGCAGACAGUCACACAACACGGACGUGUUCCUGUUAACCGCUUUGAUCUCGCGAGAGCAGUGGCGUGGCUGCUUGGCUGUAGGCUUGCAGUAAGACUGAGGGAGAAGGCAGGCAGCAUCAUGGCGGACAGAGACAGUGGAAGUGAGCAGGGAGGAGCAGCCACGGGCCCGGGUGUCGGUUCCAUGCACCCAGUGACAGGAGGGGCGGGCUCGGCUUCCGGGCUGCAGCAUGAGACGCAGGAGCUCGCCUCGAAGCGGGUUGACAUCCAGAACAAACGCUUUUAUCUGGACGUAAAGCAGAACGCGAAAGGCCGCUUCUUGAAAAUAGCAGAAGUCGGGGCCGGAGGAAACAAGAGCCGCCUCACUCUCUCCAUGUCCGUGGCUGUCGAGUUCCGCGACUAUCUGGGGGACUUCAUCGAGCACUAUGCCCAGUUAGGGCCGAGCAAUCCGGACAUGCCACAGGACGAGCCGCGGCGGGCGCUGAAGAGUGAGUUUCUGGUCCGGGAGAAUCGGAAGUACUACAUGGAUCUGAAGGAGAACCAGAGGGGCCGCUUUCUGAGGAUCCGGCAGACUGUCAACCGGGGGCCCGGUUUGGGAUCCACGCAAGGCCAGACCAUCGCUCUUCCAGCCCAGGGACUAAUCGAAUUUCGCGACGCUCUCGCAAAACUCAUUGACGACUACGGAGUGGAGGACGAGCCGGCGGAACUGCCCGAGGGAACCUCGUUAACUGUGGACAACAAGCGCUUUUUCUUUGACGUGGGCUCCAAUAAGUACGGGGUGUUCAUGAGGGUAAGCGAGGUCAAGCCCACCUAUCGCAACUCUAUCACAGUGCCCUACAAAGUGUGGUCGAAAUUCGGCAGCACUUUCUGUAAAUACGCAGACGAAAUGAAAAAGAUUCAAGAGAAACAGAGGGAAAAAAGGGCAUGCGAGCUUCAGCAGCAACAGCAAGAGGAGAUGCACGGCGACGACGGGGAUGAGGAUUGAUAGUGGAGGGAAACAUGCAAAAAAAAAAAUACAUAAAAAAUAAUCCGAAUAACCUAAAGAGAAAUUCUACGUACUGUGCUGUAAAAAAAGAGAGAUACAUAAAAAGAUAAGUAACUGUUUAACUCCAAGGGAGCACUACCCACAAAAAAUACAAACCUCCACAGACUGACAGUCCACCCAUCGCUGGAUGACAUCCACUUACCCACCAUUAAUACAGUAAGCGGCUGCUAAACCAAGUAAUAACAUUAUAUAUGAACUGUGUUUCCUACUUGACGACAACAGAACUGAGUGUUUCUUUCCCUUAUUAACCAAGAACUUUUUUACACGUUCCAAGAUAUUAUAAAAGUGUUUGCAAUGGAGUUCUUGCCGAGGAAGCGGUUCCUUUACGUGUGAGCUAAUGACUUCAGCACAAAUCAGAUGUUUUAGUUUUUUUAACCAAAUUUUCGAAUCAUCUGAAGAGGUUGUCAUGGUAGCCAUGCCACUAGAUAAUCCAAGCAUCACCUGAGGGCUAGCUAGAGAAGAAAAAAUAUCAACCUGUUGAUUGAUAGAGGUACAGAGGUCAGCCUAGGGCUGCUGUGUGCAGGUGUCGGAAGGCGGUGGGCGACCUCUUCACAAACAUUCUGAGGAGUAUUACCAGUGUAUUUUUUUAAUUGAACUUCUUGUCAUGCAGAUGAUAUGCUAUGUAUUUGUGUCUCGUUGUCAUGCACAGUGUAUAAAAAAGGUACUUAAUAAGUAAGAGCAAUGACAACAGAAAGAGAAAGAGCUCUCGGAAAACAUUUUUUGUAACCGGACCCCUCGAUACAAAGAAUCAUAUGAAAAUGCUCAUGUAGAAAAACAUACAAAGUAUGAUUUUGUGAAUCAGAUGUAUUUCAGUGGAGAAGAAAACAACCCACGUUUUUAGUGGGGGAUCUGACAAACAAUCUGUUAAAGGGUUUAAAAAAUAUAGAAAUAUAUGGAAAUAUAUAUAUAAAUAUAUAUAUAUCAGUCUACCAAUGAGAGGAUGAGUGGCGCCAAGGAAUGCUGUAGUUGCAUGUUAACCUGUACACAGCCACAUUGAGGUGGAUUUCUCAAUGUUCGUCCUCAAGGACUCUUCUCUGUAAUGUCCAUAAUGUCAGUGAUGUUUGGUUGGGUAAUUGAACCAGUACUCGAUUUUAUUUUAAGGAAUGACUUGUUCAAGAAGUAUGUGUACAUAAUAAGAUAAUAUAUCAACUCUUUUGACUGUUUGAUAAGACAUGAAAGACAAGCCAAUUGGAAUGAAAGCCCUUUUCCAUGGGGGCCCUUGAGGACCUGUGUUGGGAGACCCUGACUUUAAUGAAACUUGUUGGGGAGCAUACUCUUCAGCAUUAAACAACCUGGUGCCUUACAGACUCCGCAUGCUUAUACACUGGCUGGUGCUUUAGAUCCAAGUUUGGGUUUUUGUCGUUUUUGUUUUUUUCUUGCCCGCUUUCUUUAUACUUCUGGAUUUUGUUUGGCUCUGGCCCUCUUGUACGCUAUUGCAUAACUCGUGGUCUGUUAAGAUGAAAAGCAAUUCAUUAUUUGAAGGUUCUGAUCACAACAAGUGACUCGCAAUUGCAUUUUAAGCCACCUUUAUGAAAGCAAAAUGAGCCUUCCUUAAUUUAUCAAAUGCUAUGUGCCAGGCAAAAAGGGUGUUUAGUGGCUCUCAACAAACUCUUUUUGUUGUGAAGUAAACUUCCGUACUGAAGCCUCUCUGUGUAGUUUGGCAGUAAUAUGUCAUUAUCACAGACCAAAAGCCUAGUUGAGGGGUGUGGCCAGGAUUUUUUUCCCAACUUUUUAGUGUUGCUUCACGUAAUUUGUCAUUUUGGCUCACAAUGUUUAUUUUUCCCCCUCUUUUCCCAGUGCUAUAUUUCAUUACUGUGUGCAAUAUUGAACGUGCCAAUGUUGGCAAUAUAUGUAUAUCAAUUAAAUAUAUGAUUAAUAUUUGAAAAGCAUGUGGCUGAAUUCCACGUUUAUUUCUUUAAAAGGUCUUUAUUUCUUUAAAGACUUUAUCUGCACUUAAAAAAAGGUAUCUAUCUGGAAAUGAAACCAAUUUUAUUGAACAUGCUUCACCCAGGUGAAGUGAACACAUAGCAGUUUAUCUAUCCUGUCUGCACUUUCUGUGAACGUUUAUGUCAUGAACGCACCCUGGCUCGGUUUCAUCUGUUCUUAGUGACAUGGGAGGGUAGGGGUUACUGGAAUGGUCACAUGAAACAAUGGGGGUGUAAAGGCCUUUGGGUUAGGGGCAAUGAUUAUGUAUCUUUAAUUUCUCUUCAAAUACAUACAUGGGAUGAUUCUAAUGAUGAAGGUGUGUGAUGACCUCUUCUGUCUUCAGUAGCACAUUGCUUUCCCAGCUGGAGAUAAAUGUCUGACCAAUGUUUGUUUGAAAUUUAUUUUAACAAAGAAUGCC